CUCUAAACACUUUUUUAUGUGCAAACGGCCUUUAGAAGUGUUUUACAUAUGCGUAGGUUAUGUAGAAUAGAAAAGUUGUCGCGAAUGAUGUUUUGAGAUAUUUUUUAUUUUGUCGCGAUUAUUUUACCAAUCAUCACGAAACUCCUACCGUGACGAAACUCCAAGUCGAUAUUUCACGUGGUUGCGUGCAAAUUCCAGCCCAUCAUUUACUUCUUUCCAAUGCGAUGUCAAGAAUCGUAAAUCCGUAAAUAAACAGUGAAUUGUAAAGAUAUAUCGUAAAGUAUAAUUGAAAGACAGAUAAGAAUGGCUAAUGAGGCGAUGGAAACGUUACGGGGCCUCAGUAACGAGGAGACUGAAUGCAACGUUGACGCUGAGAUUUACGACGACGACGAGGAUUCAGACGGGGUCGUGGUUCCAGAACUUCAGGGUACAUUAUCCAAAUGGACAAAUUACAUACACGGCUGGCAAACUAGAUUUAUUGUACUCAAAGAUGGCACUUUGUCUUAUUACAAAUCUGAACAGGACAGUGGAUUCGGGUGUCGUGGCUCGAUUAGUUUGUAUAAAGCUAAUAUCAAGGCGCAUCAAUUUGACGAAUGUAGAUUUGACGUGUCUGUAAAUGACUGCUUAGUUUGGUAUUUAAGAGCGAACAGUCCAGAGGAAAAACAGCGAUGGGUGGAUAUCUUGAAGUCUUAUAAGUCAGAGUCCGGUUAUGGGAGUGAAAAUAGUCUCAAACGACAUGGUAGUGCGAUUUCACUGGUGUCAAAUACACAGUCGACAACGAGCGCUGGUAGCUUUACUAAGCGUGGCAUUAGAGGGCUGAAAGAAAAGUUGGCUGAAAUUGAAACCUUCAAAGACAUUCUGAUCAAGCAGAUCGAUACUUUGCAGAAAUAUUUUGAUAACUGUGCAGAAAAUGUCAAGAAUACUUCCAAGAAAGAAAAGAAAAUUGAGACGAUGUUUAAUCCAGCCGAACAAUCAGUGGAUUUUAAAGGGGAAGCGAUAACGUUUAAAGCCACCAGUGAAGGGGUGUUGGCCACUUUACAACAUUGCGUUGAAUUAAUGGUACAACGAGAGGAUGCAUGGCGUCGCAGAUGGGAAAAGGAAAUUGAAAAGAGACGAAAAUUACAAGAACUUUAUAAAGCUUUAAAGGAUCAAGUUGCCAUGCAUCAUAACGACUCUCCCAGACCCAGAGUUCUUAUUCACGGAGGUCCUGACUAUGAGGAAGGUCCACAUAGCACUCUUUGCGAUGAAGAAUUUUAUGAUGCUGUUGAGACAGGGCUAGAUAAAAUCGAAGAGGAAAAUCAAUUAAGGAAUCGUUUAAAACAAAAAUCUGCUCCAAUUUUGACAUCUUCCUCCACAACAGCAUCUUCACACAAGCUAUGGCCUGAAAUAGAGAAGAUCACCAUGGAACAACUUCAUUAUGCCCGACUUGGUGUGGGUGGAGCGGGCGGUUGGCAAUUAUUCGCUGAAGAUGGUGAUAUGCGAAUGUAUCGGCGAGAGGAGGAAGCCGAUGGAUUAGUCGUAGAUCCUCUCAAAGCCUGUCAUGUCGUUAAGGGAGUGACCGGUCACGAAGUUUGCGAAAUAUUUUUCAGUCCCGAGUACAGAAGCGGAUGGGAGGCUACCUUAGAGGACAUGACAAUUGUCGAAAACAUUUCCAAGGAUACACUAUUAUUCUUGCAAACGCACAAACGUAUCUGGCCGGCGAGUCAGCGAGAUGCAAUGUUUUGGUCGCACAUACGUCGAGUGUCGGAUGAUCAGGAUCACGAUGCUCACGAUCUAUGGAUAGUUUGCAAUCAUAGUACUGAACAUCCCGAUUAUCCGCCAAAUACAGGUAAAUGCGUGAGAGUUUAUUUAACGGUUUGUCUCGUAUGUCAAACCUUUAUCGAUCCACCAAAAGAUGAAGAAGAAAUAAAGAGAGAGAAUAUUACAUGUAAAAUAACAUACUGUUCAGUUGUAAAUCCAGGUGGAUGGGCUCCGGCAUCUGUUUUACGGGCCGUUUACAAAAGAGAAUAUCCAAAGUUCCUUAAGCGUUUCACUAAUUUUUGUAUCGAGCAGUGCAAAAACAAACCAAUCACAUUCUGAAUGUGAUUAAUAGAAAAUGAUAAUCUUUCAUGUUUUCCAUCCAAUUCUUUAUUCACUAUCUUAAAAUGUCUUCAUGUGAUUAUUGUAAAAAAAAAAAAAAAAAAAAAAACACAAUUUGUGUUAUAUA